CAAGAGGGAAGAGGACGGAAAGAAAGGGCAGGCAGAGGAAAAAUAGAUAUAAGAUGGGCACAAAGGAAGGCUAUUUUAUUCGAGGGGUUCGGCGGAUGGGAUGGCAGGGAGAAAGCUGCCGCGAGAGAUGAGCAGCAGCAGGAGCUCUUAGAUUCGGUGGUUCGAAUCAUCGAUCGCUCUUUGGUCCGUGAUCUUUGCUAAGCCAUGGCGUCUGGGUUCCCGGGGCGCGAUCUCCGCCGAGGCUUUGGGUUCGGGGCCGGAUCCGCGAUCCAGGUGCCUCCGUUCGCGAACCGAUCGGAGCGCGGCGGCGGCGGAGGAGGAGCAGCCGCGGCGGCGGCCGGAGGCCUCUUGAAGCGGUCGCUCAACGAGAUGGAUAGGCAGCAGCAAUUGCAGCUCCAGCACGCUCUUUUCCUCCGAUCGGUGAAGCCGAGGACCCAUCACGCCUCUCCCUUCUCCCCUCUCUCUUCGGUCGGUAUCUCGUCCUCGGCGGCGUCUUCUUUUUCCUCGGAUCAUUCCGCUUUCACCACCUCUUCUUCUUCCUCCCUGUCCGCCUCUUCUCUUUCUUCCGGUUUGGGCUACGCAAGAAGGCAGCACCCGAACCCGAACCCGAACCCGAGCCCGCCGGAUCUCUCCUUCUCGACGGCGGCGACGGGGCCAGCUGCGGCGCCGUCUUGUGUGACCGAGUCGGAGAACAAGGUCACGGUGCGGAACCGGCUGCUCGAGGAGCUGGAGAGGCGACUUCUGGACGACGAGGACGAGGACGAGGACGUGGUCAGCGCCUCGGGCUGCUCGGCGGUGACCACCAACGAGUGGAGCGAGGCGAUGCAGCAACUCCUCUCGCCGCCGCCGGCGACGGUGGCGGCACAGCACCCGCUCUCCCCUUCGCCCACCACGUCCUCAUCCUCCAGCACGUCGUCCUCCGCUUCCUGCUCUCCUCCCUCCGCCACGCCCUCGCGGCAGAUGCUCUCCGACACCGUGGCGGCGAUCGUGGACGGGAAUCUGGAGGCGGCCGCCGCGAAUCUCGCGGUCUUGAAGCGGGCCGCGAACCCCCACGGCGAUCCCGAGCAGCGGCUCACGGCGAUGAUGGUGGCCGCUCUGUGCUCGCGGCUCGAGACGCCGACACCGUCGUCCGGAGCGCUUCAUCGUCCCACCGCCGAGCUCUGCAGCACCGAGCACCUGGCAGCUACCCAGAUGCUCCACGAUCUCUCCCCCUGCUUCCAGCACGCCCUCUUCGCUGCCAAUCUCGCCAUCCUCGAGGCCACCAGGGAUUCCCCCAGGAUCCACAUCCUCGACUUUGACGUCGGUCAGGGAAGCCAGUACAUGGCCCUCAUCCAGGCCCUCGCGGAGCGCCAUCGUCAUCGCCCCUCCGCCCGGCCUCCCAACGUCAAGAUCACCGCCGUCGCCGACCCGACCUCCCCGUUCAAUUCCUUCAGCAACGGCAGCGGCGGGCUGAGGAUGGUCGGUGACCGGCUGGCGAAGCUGGCGGAGGGGUUCGGAGUGGGGCUCCGGUUCAGCAUCGUGUGCCGUCGGGCGUCGGAGCUGGACGAGGCGGCGCUGGGGUGCGAGCCCGGGGAGGCCCUGGCGGUGAACCUGGCGUUCGUGCUUUCGCGGGUGGCGGACGAGAGCGUCUCGCCGGCGAAUCCUCGCGACGAGCUCCUCCGGCGGGUGAGGGCCCUGGGGCCGCGGGUGGUGGCGCUGGUGGAGCAGGAGAUGAACAGCAACACGGCGCCCUUCGCGGCGCGGUUCGCGGAGGCGUGCGGGCACUACGGAGCGCUGCUGGGGUCGCUGGAAGCUACGCUGGGGCGGGAAAGCGGGAAGCGUUCGCUGGUGGAGGCCUGCCUCGCUCGGAAGGCGGCCAACUCGGUGGCCCGGGAGGGCGCGGACCGGGUUGAGCGCUGCGAGGUCUUCGGCAAAUGGCGGGCGCGCAUGGGGAUGGCCGGUUUCCGGUCCGUCCCGCUCGGCCCGGCCGUGUCUGAGCCGGUCAAGGCCCGGCUCGCAUCACCCGGGUCCAACCCGGGUUUCACGGUCAAGGAGGAGGCCGGCGGUAUCUGCUUCGGCUGGUCGGGCCGGGUCCUCACCGUCGCUUCCGCAUGGCGUUAGGCCGAGGCUAUCAUCAUCGCAUGAUUAAUCAUCUUUACUAUUAUUAUUAUUAUUAUAACUAUUAUUACCGUUGUUGCUCUUGUCGCCGGUUUCUCUUUUUUUCUCUUUCUUUCCUUAUAAUUUUGCUCAUCAGUGAUAAUAAUAGUAUUUAUUGAUAACAUUAAUAAUGUAGAUACUAUUAUUUAUCAUUGAUAUUUACGCAUCUAUUCUAUUUCUAAGGGCCCCUCGAUUGGAGUCAUUAUUGUAAUUAUUAUUGUAAGGGCGUUGCUUUGCUCGGGGGGUUCUCAUUGAUGAUGUUGUGGUGUGUUAGAAGCCAGGAGAGAAUCCGCGUGUGUUGGGCGUGUGGUCUCAUCUGGUUUUCAACAUGGUAUAUCAAGCAUUUGUUGACAGCUGGGGGCUGAUAUUCUUAUU